CAUUGGCCAGGAGACUGAGACAUUUGCCUCUCUAUUGGAAGUGACCUCUGCCAAUCGGAAAAGGGGGAUUGUUUGCUCCCGCCUUUAGCCGCGGCGGUGUCAGGGAACAUGGCGGCUGCUGUGUGGUGAAGCUGCCUGACCGGGAAAUUGCGGCGCUGUGUGCGGAGGGCUCAGCGGCCUGGUGAACUAUGAGAGAGCGCGGUGUGGCGCAGGUGACUAGGCCCGGGAGGAGGCUCUGGGGGAAGCUGGCAGACGGCGGCGGACUGCAGUGACAGGAAUAGUCGGGGUUUGUUUAUCGGGUUCAGGGGCCACAGCUGGGACCCCCCCUCCAUUGGGAGGACACCGAGUGGAGGAAUGGGGCGGCUCCGGGGGAUCUUCCCGAGCCUGGCGCUCUGCUUCAUCCUGACGUUGGGCUGUGUCCAGGCCGCUCCACUUCCUGAAACAGGUGCAGAAGUCGCAAGCAGUCAAGUUCCCUUGUUCCCGGUGUUGCUUUCUGUCUGCAGUUUCAUCGCUCUGGUUGUGCUGCUAGUAAGCUGUAUUUCCUGCUGCAAAGAGAAUGAAAUAGAUUUCAAGGAGUUUGAAGAUCAUUUUGAUGAUGAGAUUGAUUUCACACCUCCAGCUGAAGACACCCCAUCCAACCAAUCACCUGCGGAAGUUUUUACCUUGUCUGUCCCUACAAUCUCCCUGUCUGUCCCAACACAGCUGCAGUCCCCUCAAGAUGCAGCAAAGUUCCAGAUUGCUCGCCACAGUCUGAGCUACAUUCAGGAGAUUGGUCAUGGCUGGUUUGGCAAGGUUCUUCUGGGAGAGAUCUAUAGAGAGAACAGUGUUGCAAGAGUCAUUGUAAAGGAGUUGAGAGCGAGUGCAAGUUCAAAGGAGCAGGAGCAGUUUAUAAAAAAUGGGGAGCCAUAUAGCUACCUGCAUCAUCCUAACAUUGUGCAGUGUGUCGGUCAAUGUGUGGAGACUAUGCCCUAUCUUCUGGUAUUUGAGCUAUGUGAAUUGGGUGACCUGAAGACCUAUUUAAGUAAUGAGAGGGAGAAGUUGAACAGCGACACGGAGAUCAUGCUGCUGCAGCGUAUGGCAUGUGAGAUUGCCGCUGGACUCGCCGUAAUGCACAAACACAAUUUUGUACACUGUGAUCUGGCCUUGCGAAAUUGUUUCUUGACAUCUGAUUUAACAGUGAAAAUAGGAGACUAUGGCAUAGGAUUCAGUAGGUAUAAGGCAGAUUACAUGGAGGUCUCUGAAGACAAGUUCAUCCCAAUUAGAUGGAUGGCUCCAGAGCUUUUAACAACCUUUCAGGAUAAAAUAAUGGUGGCAGACCAAACUCGGCCUAGCAAUAUAUGGUCGCUUGGUAUCACGCUCUGGGAACUUUUUGACAAUUCUGCUACUCCUUAUGCAGAGCUCUCUGACUUGGAUGUUAUAACCCACGUGAUAAAAGAAAGAGAAGUUAAACUUCCGAAACCUCAACUAGAACAGCCAUAUGCAGACAGAUGGUAUGAAGUAUUGCAGUUUUGUUGGCUACCUCCAGACCAGCGCCUGACUGCAGAAGAAGUGCACAGACUGCUGACAUACCUCCGUAUGCAAAGUCAAAGGGAGACCGAAACCGAUUUUGAACAGCGUUGGAAUUCUCUUAAGCCAAAUACUAGCAAUCGGCAAGCCGCCGCAAACAAUCUGGCAUUUCCAAUCUUGGAUCACUUCACUGGUGAUGAACUGGGGCGUGAAUUGGAUGAAGUUCUUACUGUAACAGAGACUAGUCAGGGGCUCAGUUUUGAAUAUGUAUGGGAGGCAGCCAAAGAAGAUCAUUUUGAAGAACAUAGUCAUGCUGACUCUGACACCACAGUGAAAUAUAAUAGCAUAUUUUUUCCUGUACCUGUAGAUGUUUUUCAGAAAUCAAUCUCUGAGUUUGGAGAAGAUAAACGAGAACAACCUAUCCGAGAAGAGACAAUUACAGUCCCAGAAGUUGUACCAGUAUUUGAUGCCCAUAAUGUUCCUGUAUCCAAUGAAUAUUACAUUCAGUUGGAGGAGCAAGGUGAAAGCCGCUUGGACUUUGAGCGCCAUGGCAAUCGCAGAGAAAGAAAAGGUGAAGAUGUGCAGUUUAUUGCCCUGAGUGAACUUCAUUCGUCUGGCUUGACUAAAAAUGAAAGUAACUUGUCUAGGUCUGAGCAAACGGGCAUUUCAGAUUACCUGGAUGUAUCGGCUCGUGCUGCAUUGCCAUUCGUUGAACAAUCUAACAGGGUUGGCCUCUCGGAAAAGAUCCAUAAUGAAGUGUCUCUUUGUGACUUGACCAAUCAAAACCGAGGCCGAGCUAAUCACAAUUCUUCUACACUUUGUUCAAAGAUUGAUUUCUCUGAUAAUAAUAUUUUUGACCUUGAUGCUGCCAUAUUUAAAAGUAUACCAGAAUCAAAUCUGGGGUUUGAAGAUUUCAAAGAACUUUCUGACAAUUUUGAAUUCUUAAAAGAGAAGAACAUGUUGUCAGAUAGUCUGUUUUCAAAGGAUCCGGUUUUAGAUCAUACAAAGCCAUUGCAGAGCAACCUGGAUUCAAAAAACAUUUUUGAAAACACUAGAAGUUUGGACAUUGAGCUCAUGUUGGCAGAGCUUGAUGCUUCCUUUCUUAAUAUCUCAGGGGAACAGAUGACAGUGGAGCUUGAGGAAACCUCAAAACCAGAAGACUUGACACCUUUACCACUGGUGGAACAAUUGAAGCCUGCUGCCUUUGAUUUGUUCACAGAUUUUUCCAUAGACACUGAUCUGCAUGCAGGAACACUUGGCAGCAUGCCUGUGUGCAAUAUAAAAAAUGACAAAAAUGAUGACCUAAAAGGUAUUUCUUUUGAUUCAAGACUUUCUGAUGCAAUGAAUGAGGAAAUUCUAGGACUUGAUGUAUCCAUUAAUCAUAACCAUGAUGUUGUGGCUCAUGAAAAUGCUUGUAACGAGCAGAUGCAUUCUGGAUUUGAUGACAGGUUAGCCAUUUUAGAUGGUGACAAGUCAGCAAUGCAUGUCAAUGGAGAAUGUAUUUUAAACCGAGUAAAAUCUACGGCUUCAUCAGACUCAACCAGUCAGGACAGCUUGUUAGAUGAUACCAUAUCAAACUGUACACAGUCUUUGGUACCAUCUAUAGGAACACCAGAUUCUCUAGAUUCUUUGGAUGUCCAGAAUAUAUUAGAGACUGAGGAAUCGAACAAGUUUGUGCCAUCUGAUAAACCAGCUGAUAGUGGAUAUGAGACUGAGAACCUUGAAUCUCCUGAGUGGACCUCACAUGUGAACGGUCAAUCAAGCCAUACUUUACCAGAUUCUGAGACCUCUUCCUUUACAGCACCUGUUAUUAUAAUAUCAGAAGUUGGGCAAAACAAUUUUGAAGUAAAUGAGGGAGACCUUGAUGAUAAAACACAUUCUGCUAAUGGUGCCCAUAACUCUUACCGUGACUCUGCUUAUUUUUCUGACAAUGAUUCUGAGCCAGAAAAGAAGCCAGACAUUUUGGAAAAUCAAGCUUCUGAUAUGAGGAAUGCAAGUAUUCCUCACACUACAGAAGAAACAGAAAAUACAUAUAAAAGCAGUGGAUCUAGAAAGGUGCUUAUUCCAGGAGAAUGGGCUGAACACUUGUCACUGAGUUCUGAAAGUGCUAAGCAGACUACACAAACUCCCAUCAGCGAAGGCACUGCUGAGGACAGCACAUCGGAACAGGAUGAGGAAAUUGUAAAUCCAUUUGGACCAUCUGAGGUUUUCUGCUCAAUGAACUCGAUCAAAGGUAUACCUUUUUUGAGCCAUAGCGAAGGACAGAAAUUAAAGGAGCCGGAUAUGGAAGGCAAAUACUUAGGAAAGUUGGAUGCAGCCGGUCUACUUGAUUUGUCAGAAGAUGGCAUGGAUGCAGAUGAAGAGGAUGAAAACAGUGAUGAUUCAGAUGAUGACAUACGAGCAUUCACACUUCAUAGUUUCAGCUCAGACAGCGAAGAUGACACUGUCCAUCCAGUCCCUGUUGUUCACAUGGAAACAGAUGAUGGGAAACACUUAAAAAGUCUAAUGAAACCAUACAGGCCUGCUUCAUACAGAUUGUUUGGGAAAGAAAAGAGCAAAAAGGCAGUGAGCUUUUUUGACGAUGUUACCAUCUAUUUGUUUGAUCAGGAAACGCCAACCAAAGAUCUGGGAACUCGAGCUGUGGACUCUAGUAGUCCAGUGUCCAACAACAGUCAAAUGUCCCCAUCUGCUGCAGGAUCACGGUUCACAAACUCUGAGAGCUCGACUGAUGAAGAGGGUGGUGCGUUUGAAUGGGAGGAUGAUUUCCCAUCUCCCGAUCCGUCAUACUUAAACAAACCAGCAGCAAACCUGAUCGGUUCCAAGCUAUCAGUUAACCCUUCUAAAUACUUUUCACCUCCACCUCCAUCUAGAGGUUCUGAUGAAAACUGGACACAUGCGUCCUCUUACUCCAGAUUUUCUAUUUCACCAGCAAAUAUUGCAAGUUUUUCUAUCACACACCUAACAGACUCAGAUAUUGAACAAGGAGGUAGUAGUGAGGAUGGUGAAAAGGACUGAAAAGACUACCGUUCCCUUUGUGGAUGGCACUUGUAUACCAUUAUAUUCUCUAAAAGAAGCAAUCUCAGAUUGUGUAAACAUUGGGAGCGUUGGCGGCAGGAGUGUAUCCACAGUGUAAAUGUAUUGUACAAUCUACUUCCUCAUCUCCACAGUCUGCUGUCAUGCUCAGUGAUCCCAGCACUCCUGCUCUUUGCCUAUGUAAAGCUAUUACUGCAUUCAGUGCACAUUAUGCAGGUUAGAGCUGUAAAGUAGUAUCUAGUACGAUGGACCUUGUACAUUGCGGUAUAUAUAUCCUAUAUUGUGUCUGUGCUAAUGUAAUGAAAAGAAAUCUUGCUGUGUAUCCAUCAACGUUUAAAACACUAUGUAUUGAUUAUUAUUGCACUGUUAUAUUUCUUGCAUAUCUGUACAGAAGUUUUUUAAGGGGGGGAACCACUGCUUGCUAUAAAUUUUAUCUAUUUGA